AUGGACCCCAAGGACCGCAAGAAGAUCCAGUUUUCGGUGCCCGCGCCUCCCAGCCAGCUCGACCCCCGCCAGGUGGAGAUGAUCCGGCGCCGGAGACCAACCCCUGCCAUGCUGUUCAGGGUCUCAGAGCACUCCUCACCAGAGGAGGAGGCCUCCCCUCACCAGAGAGCCUCAGGAGAGGGGCACCACCUCAAGUCGAAGAGAUCCAACCCCUGUGCCUACACACCCCCCUCGCUGAAAGCUGUGCAGCGCAUUGCUGAGUCUCACCUGCAGUCCAUCAGCAACUUGAAUGAGAACCAGGCCUCAGAGGAGGAGGAUGAGCUGGGAGAGCUGCGAGAGCUGGGUUAUCCAAGAGAGGAAGAGGAGGAUGAGGAGGAGGAUGAUGAAGAAGAGGAGGAGGAAGAAGACAGCCAGGCUGAAAUCCUGAAGGGCAGCAGAAUGUCUGCUGGGCAGAAGACAAACUAUGGCCAGGGUCUGGAGGGGCCCUGGGAACGCCCACCCCCUCUGGAUGAGUCCCAGAGAGAUGGCAGCUCUGAGGAUCAAGUGGAAGACCCAGCACUACGUGAGCCAGGAGAUGAGCCUCAGCGCCCUGCCCCACCUGAGCCUGGCACAUAG